CGCAUGCGUAAUCCGCACAUCCGGAGCAGAGUCUGAAAAGAUGGCGGAUUCUCUUACUGACGAAGAACUCGUGAAAGAGUUGCAAAGCUACGGAGAAAAAAUUACCUUUCCAUUUAAGGCUAACAGGCGAAAUAUUCUCAUAAAGAAGCUAAACCAUCUGAGGUCGCGCAAUAAGUCAUUAUCAGAUAAGGGAAAAGGCAAGCGAAAUACGUCGGGACCACUACCAAACUUGGACGCCUUGAGCUCAGACGAUAGCGAUGCCGACGAUGAAACGGGUACACAGGCUCCACUGAGUGCAACAGGUCAGAGUAGUAGUAAUCAUGGUUCUCUGGAUCGCUCAGCUUCCAGCAAAAUAACUGAGGUUGUCAAUCGCUCACUUCGUCGACGUCCAAAUGUAUCGCCGACAGGAAGUGUGUCAGUUCGCCUCAGACCUUCAGAAGACAUUCGCAGUGCCAGGAGACUGACAGGAAGACCUUCACUGUCCAGACGUGAUGAAACUUUAGAUACUAACGUUUCUUUGGUUAGUGAUCCGUACCAGACCCCACGACUGUAUCCAGAUCUUUCGUCACUGAGUCCUGCCAGAGACUCGUUCCACAACGCUAGCAGGCAAAGCGACUUUAAUUUCGAAUCUUCGGAUUCAGACCUUGACGGAAGCUCCUAUGAAGUGGAAAAUAAAUCUGUUAACACUAGUUUCGGUCUUUUGAGAGGCAGGCGUACACCAGCCAGCAAUCAUGUCACGCCGGAAAGAAACUUUUCACAGUACAGUACUCUUUCCCCAGAAAACAGUUUUACAUUAAGAGAAAGUGUGGCCGCACGUAAACGGCGGCGGCGAUGCUAUCCAGAGCAUGUUUCACUUGGUCUAGUUGGCAUUGCACUAGCAUUUUUCAUCAUCAUCACAUUAUGUUACUUUUUUGUCCGCAAAGAAACCUUCAUCGGCUGGAUCUUCGGCCAUGGUGCUUCUCUUGCUCCCCAGAACACUCAUCUUCUCUGUCCACCAGGAGUCCUGUCCAUCAACUCUUCAACGUAUUGCUGUGACAGUAGAAGUUUUGAGAAGGCAAGAGUGGAAAUCAGAGAUCUGUUUACUGAACUUAGUUCAAGGAAAGGUCAAGUGUUGUGUAAUAAUGCAGACAAAAGCAUCCAGCGCUUCACUGAAAAUCAGCUGCGGCAGCGUUUGGAAAGAGCAGCAGAAAAUAAGGAGGAGGUAGAUCAGUUGUUUGAUUGCAUUAUUCAUCACAUCAUUGCCAAUCCUCACUGGAACCUAAGGCCUUUCAAAAAAGAUGAUCAGGUGGCAGAAUUUGUCAAGGAUGUGGAUUAUGUUGAAUCAGCAGUGGCAUCCAUGGGAUUUUUUUGCCGUCUUUGGCGGUCAUUCUCGCAUGUGAUGUGGAGCAUCUUUGUUCUAUUUGCUGGAGUCAGUGGACUUAUGCUGCUCUUUGUGAUACUCUGGUGGCGCAUCAAGGCAAAGGAAAAGGAAGAACAACAGGUGUUCACAAUGGUGGAACAAAUUAUAGAUCUAUUAAAAGAACAGCAUGAGUUAUCUCAGAAAGAUGAUGGUGCUGACCAGGCUGCAGGGCUUGCGGUGCAACAUGUCAGAGAUCAGCUUCUGCCUCCAUCAAAGAGAAAGGCUCUGCAACACAUCUGGGAUCAGGCAGUCAAAUUUAUUGAAGCCAAUGAAUCCCGGGUGCGCUUGGAAACACAAGUCAUUGAGGGUGAAGAGUUUACUGUGUGGCGGUGGAUUCAGGCUACUCCCAAUGGAGGCAAGGUUUGGCAAGGUCAAGCAUUUGGUGAGCACAAUGAUAACAACUCUACAUCUGUCUAUAGCCCAACUCCUUGCCUAAAAAUCAGGAAUAUGUUUGACAGAGAAGUGGAGAGUGAUGAGAACUGGGAAGAGAAUGUGAAAGAUGCAUUACUUGAAAAAUGCCGUGACAUCCGAAGUCUUGUUCACAUCUAUGUUGAUAAAUCAUCCCGUGAGGGUUGUGUCUAUGUUAAAUGCAACAGCAGAGAGACAGCAGGGAAAGUCAGACAAGCCUUGCAUGGUUGGUGGUUUGAUGGACGCUUAGUAACAGUGAAGCACUUAAAGGUGGAACACUACCACAAUCGCUGGCCAGAAGCAAAGUUUGCAUGGAGACCUCUUCAGCCUUCUACCAAUCAGAUGCGCUCACUUGCACAGCCGUACCAUCGCUCCUCUCUUGAGAUGACAUAGUACCCACAUUGUGGUGUUGGAACAUGUGAGUCAAGGGCAGCGAAGUGACACAGGAAGAGGGACUAGCUCACCAUUCACUAAGAGCAAUUGUGGGUUGGGGUGGAAGAGGGGAAUGAAGAUGGUAACAAUGAUACUCAGUUUGCAGAAUGCAGGUGGUGCUGGUCAUAUGGAUGCAGUUGUUGAACUAAUCAUGAUUGUGUUAUAAAUAUGGGACAGGUGGAAGAGGGCUUAAGGGCUUUCUUUUCCUUUAUAGACAAACGGAGAACUUGGCAGUGAUACAAGUCUCCGUGACAUCUACUGUCAUCCUUCACAAUACAUGUAUCAACAUUUGAAUUCACCUGGUGUUUUGUUUCCACACUACAGAAUAUAUCAGAUGUUUUUGGUUGGAUAUAUUUUGUCUUUGAAGACUUGCAAAAGGAGGGCAUAGGAGAUGUAUGGCUAUAACUUUGGGGUUUUUGUUGUUGUUUUUUGGUUUUUUUUUGGAGGGUUUUUUUUUUUGUAGGAUGGGUAGGUUGUGGUAGGGGAGGAAAGGUAAUUGUGUAGUGGUGGAGAGAUUUGCAAUAGUGAGAAACUGCGAUCGGUUGGUAUGGAGCAUUACUGAGAUGUAUGUAUUCUUUAUUCUCAGUUUUGUUCAUAUGUAUUGCUCUGUGUACCUGCUACCUGUUUAAAAGUCAUCUUUACAUUGUACUCAAGUUAGUGGUUAGCCUUUGGCAUGGAGUAAACUAGUGGAAGCAUUUAGUCAUGACUGCUUCCUGCUCUGCUUGAUGGCUCCAUAUAUGCAAUAGCUACCCCUACACUCCUCGCAAAAGCCAAACAUCAAAGAAAUGCUUCAUCUCUGUCAGAUUGUGCAGAUAUAUUAACCUAUUACCAUGUCAGAAGAAUUAUCUUUCACUGGAAUAAUAAACCUUAAACAACAAUAAUAAUCCCCCUUCACUUCCUGUCAGAACCAUCAAGAUACAGUUGUUUCAGUCACUAGCUUUCAUAUUGCAGUCUGUUUACUUCCACUAAUACUAAUUGGUCUGGUACUGUCGCAUGACUUACACCUGCUAUUAGGAAAGUUUGCUAACGCAAAGUAUCCUUUCCACCACUCCUUUGCUGCUACCUUUGCCUUGUCCCCCUUCCCCUGCCCCACCUCACACAUAUUUACAAAAGGAAAGGUACCAUUUAUUAAUACCUUUAUUGUGGUCCUUCAUUUGGAAAUAUGGCACUGUAAAUAACAACACAUUCUCAUUGCUUAACAAAUUACUUCCUGUAUCUUCUGUUGCUGCCAGUUCAUUAUGCUCACUGCACUUGCCAUUUGAAUACUAACAGCAGAGAUAUUAUAACUUAAUGAUGGGUUGUCUUGUCUAUUACAAGAAGCAUUCACAGUUUGCUGAAUUUUAGCGAUCUUUGUGGAAGGAAUUUUCAGUUUCACAAAGUAUAAGUUUUGGUUAGUUAAAAGAAGCAUCUUGUAGAAGUAGGUGGUCUGUUCUGCCCACCUUGGAGAAGUGUACCCAAACAAGCAAAAGAACAAUCAUGCCUCCUUGUUUGUUAAAUAUUCUAGAGACCAAAGCCCAGUUUCUCCAAAAAAAUUCUCAUGUCUUUUUUGUGAUAGUUAUGGCUCACCUGCUAGAAUCUCGGGUUUUGUUGCAUUUUUGAUAAGUUAUUUUUGUUUGUCCAGGAUGCACUGAUGCAAAAUUUCAAAUUAUGGAAAUGUUUUUGAAUUUGAGACAGAGUACUUCAAAAGGGGGAAAUAAAGUUCAGACAAAGAGUCUUUGUCGGUCGGAGAUGGUGAGACUGAACUUUUAUGGAGAAGUGGCUGUUCCACCAACAAUGGCAUGACAAGACAUUAGGAAUCAACCUUUUUUUUUUUUUUUUUUUUUGGUUAGUCCAUUGAUGAUCUCUGAAGUAAAACGUAUAUUGUGGUUUGGAAAUGUGCAGCAUAUGCAGGGAAGUCACAGUGUGCAGAUGAUUGUUGGAAGGGUUGGGGGAGCACCUGACAAGCAGAAAGACCUUUCGCCUGCCCUACCGUAAACCAGAAGAGUGCAUUUCAGGGGAGUAUUGGCUGGGGUGUUUUUCCUGCUGCUACCACAUUAAACCUUAAAUGAUGAACUCCUAGUCUUCAUCAUUUUCACUAUGAUGGUCAAACUAAAUGAAAUUUCACCACUGUCUGGAGUGCUAGUUUAUUCAUGCUGAAUGCAGAUCAUUUGUGCAAAAAUGACUGGAAAAACUUCUGUGAAAAUUUGGUAGUAGAUGUAGAGACUUGAGCAGUAAAAGGUUAGAAGAAACAGCCUUUGAAACCAGUGGCUCAUCUGCUCAUGAUCCGUCUGUUGGUCUUGCUAUCAAGGACUAAAAAUAUUUGCCUGUUUUCAUCACUCAACAUGGACUAAUUGUGUACCUUGCAAACACCAAGCAUCAAAAAUGCAUGUGUCAUCUGAAUCUUUGUCAUGCAUAAUGGUAUCCCACUCCAUUCAGAUUCUGCGUCACAUUAGCAUUCUGAUCGAGUCAUUGGCUGAUUACUGGCUUCACCACCACCACCUCUCUUUUAAUUCCGUAUAGGGUGACCAUUUACUUUUGCAUGUUUUAAGUAUUAUAUAUUAAAUGUCAGCUUUCUCUCCCCUGCCCCUUCCACCCAAGCAAUUAACAGUUCUUCACACAAAAACUGGUAAUCCUGCUCGCUAUGAUUAUUACUACUACGAUUGGUGUGUAUCUGCCUUUUAAAAAUCCUUGUAUCCUGCGUCGGUAAGUGCAAAGAGACACGCAAUCGUAUGUUAUAAAAGAUUUGGGGGACAUUUUUUAACAUAUUUUCCCUAUCACUGCAAGUGAACUUUUUAAAAACCUCAAAAUUUGAGGAUGAUGUUCACGAAUCUAAUCAGCAUUUAGCAUCAGGCCGAAAAGUUGUUUGCUUGUGACAAGGAGAAUACCUGUCCUUUCAGAAGCACCUAGUGGAGAUAGCCGGAGUAAUCAAUGGCUGCGGACCUUAUGGCAUUUCUUUGUUCACUUGCAAUCAUGAGAUGCAUGUACAUCUUUUUGUGUGCAUAGUGUAUGUGUGACCAUCACCAGGUACAGAGGGGGUGACUGUUUUUUAACGUCACUGAAAAAACAUUUUGCUACUUCUGUUUUUAUUGUGUAAAAUAAUAAAAUACACCCAGGUGUUCAGAAAGUA